UCACACACACACACACAGAGAGAGAGAAAACAAUAUUGAUUGUCCAACGACCAACUUAACAUUUCUGUACUGUGUAUUGUGUUUGUUGUUUAUUUGUCACUUCCCAUGGUGCCAUACUACUUCCUGCACAGCUCGCCAGCCCUGCUGACCCCAUGAGAUGAUUAACAGCUGACCUCCCUAUUGUGAGCAGAGGGAGGUGAGGGGGGAGUGUGGGACAGCCCCCUCUGGUCCGCAGCUGGACAGCAGGCAUCCUGCCAGUUCGCCUUGACAUCACUGGGAGAGAAACCACAGCACCAGCUUUACCACAAAAAGCCAUCCCGCUUGUAUUUAUUUUUGAUAGCUGCUUGUUCUCUCUCCAGUGGAAGAUGAUCCCAAACUGAGAACAACUACUGGCAUCUCUAUUCAGGAAUAAGAAAUCAACUUUCUGGGCCCUCAGUAGUUCAACUGCCACACAGAGCACAGGAAUCUACAGUAGUCUCGCUGAUGGCUUUCACCAUGAUGUGCAGCAGGGUGACAUUACACGAGCCCCAUAACGGUGACUACAGGAGUCCUACAAGAAUUGACCCCCGCAGGAACUCAAUUCCACCAGCACAGACUCUCAGAGCCAAACACCUCCCUAGACCACCCCCAGAAUCAACAUGCUUCACCCCAUAUCCAAAGAGGGUUGCAGCAAAAACCAACAUGGCUUUGACAAUGCUCAACUCCACAAGGAUCUCUCUCAUCCCCAACUCAAAUAACAACAACUAUGACAACUUCCCAGGUGUCUCACCCCAGCCAGCCUCCUCUGCAUCCCCCCAGCCACAGCCCCAGAGCCCAGGCCCCCAUCAGGUUGUUGCAGGAUUGAUCAGCCAGGAGGUAGACACCUGCCAGUAUAUCAUCCCAACUGAGGAGCCAGCCACUUCUCACCGCGGACGCCACCUCAAGCGUUUCAGCUCCAGGUGGUACUCAGGUGCUCCCUUUGGUGGCCCCUUUGGUAGCACCCGUAGCUCCGCCCAUGGCACAAGUGGUGAGAACAAGCCACGCUGCAAACUCCUAGGUGACGAGAGGCCAAGUUAUGGCACAGUCAACAAGCAGCGUCAGCGCUACGUCACCAAAGACGGGAAGUGUCGGGUCAACCUGGGCCCUAUCGAGGACAAGAGCCGUUUCCUCUUGGACAUCUUCACCACUCUGGUGGACUUGAAGUACCGUUGGUUCCUCUUUGUCUUCACCAUGUGCUACGUUGUCACGUGGGUGGCCUUUGCCGAGAUCUACUUCCUAGAUGCCUGGCUGCGGGAUGACGUGGCCCACGUCCACGACCCUCAAUGGCAGCCGUGCUUCGAGAAUGUGGACAGUUUCAUCUCUGCCCUGCUUCUGUCGGUGGAGAGCCAGAGGACCAUUGGCUAUGGCUCCAGAUUGGUGACGGCCAACUGCAUGGAGGGUGUGGUUCUCCUCAUGGCCCAGUCUAUCAUUGGCUCCAUCAUCGAUGCCCUCAUGGUUGGCUGCAUGUUCGUCAAGAUCUCCCGGCCUCAGAAAAGGGCCCAGACUCUGAUCUUCAGCAAGCACUGUGUCAUAUCGGAGCGCGACGAGAAACUCUGCCUCCUCUUCCGCAUCGGAGACCUGAGGGCGAGUCACAUGGUGGACGCCAAGAUACGAGCCAAGUUGAUAAAGUCUAGACAGACCAAGGAAGGGGAGUUCUUACCACUGGAGCAGUCAGAGAUCAACCUGGGCUACGAUACCGGAGGAGACAGGCUCCUGUUGGUCGAGCCACAGACCAUCACCCAUGUCAUCAACGAGAGCAGCCCCUUCUGGGAAAUAGGGGCUGAGCGUCUGACAAGGGAGAGAUUUGAGAUCAUCAUCAUUCUGGAGGGAAUUGUGGAGGCAUCAGGUAUGAUAUGCCAAGCCAGAACCUCCUACACUGAGGACGAGAUUCUGUGGGGCCACCGAUUUGAAUCCUGCAUGUCUCUGGAAAAGGGGUCUUAUCGGGUGGACCGUGGUGCAUUUGACAAAACCUUCACAGUACAAACCCCCACCCUUAGUGCUAAAGAGAAGAGUGAUGAAAAAGAAGAGGUCCUCUUUUAGAUAAUAGAACUGUACUAUUCACACUGAGCAAACAGCCCUUGUAUUAAAAUAAUUUAAAGGCCAAGACUUCUUGUGAAUGCCCUUAGUUCCCUCCCCUCCCUGAGACAAACGUUCCUGUUGUCUCUAAUAUUGUGGACAAACAUUCUUCAAAAGAGUAAGACAUACAGUGCCUUGCGAAAGUAUUCGGCCCCCUUGAACUUUGCGACCUUUUGCCA